AUGCCAGACUUUACUGAUGAGGAUCUGGACCAAUACCUCCAGAAUCAGGUGGACCUACGGCACCGCACAGUGAGUAGAAGGGUGGAGGAGGUUCUGAGUGUUGUCAAAGAACUUACCAGAGAGAUUAGCGGAAGAGAUGGACGCUUCCAGUCCAUUGUCCAGGCUGGAGUCCACAAUGAGAGCAUCAAGGACCAGCCUGCCAUGUUGUCCAAAUGGACUGCUCUGAUGAGAGGAAGAUGUACAUUCAACCCUGCCAUCCAAGUCUUGACCCCUACCCUGAUGUUGGUCAGUGUACCAGUCAGAGGGCUGCUUGGUUACCAUGAGCAUUUAACCCACCAGUGGAGGUACUACUCUCUGAGUGGAUCACGUCUCCCCUCACCUGUACGUGAACCAGAGAAGCUCCACCAAUGGCUGGAGUUGGAGAGCUUCACAAACUCUGCCCAGGACUGGCAGGACACACGGGUGUGUGUAGAGGGCGACAUUGUCCCGGCUAAGGUAGUCAGCCUCUUCAGAGAGAUGCUAGACAACGCCAUGAAGAGCUGUGGUCUGACUGGUAAGGUCACCAUCUUGGAGUCAGUGGGCACGGUGGUACGUGUUGCCAUAGAAACGGCAGAGGGCACCAUGGAGGCAGAGCUUGUUCCCACAGUGGAGCUCGUCAAUUAUUGGCCGAAGAAAGCUCGUUGGCCCCGCCUACUGCAGCGGUGGCCUGUUGCAGAGCGGGCUCGCUGCAUCAAGUCGUUUGGGUUCAACUUAAUGGCCACUUCUAAUUACCACUGGUUGCUGUCCUUCUCACGAGCAGAGCAGGCAAUGUUAGGGGCCAUUGACGAGGAUGGCGGUUGCCGUAGAAAAUGUUACAGAGUCGUUCGGCAACUGAAGGAGGAUGUCUGGUGUCCCGGAAACAAGCCUGUCAUCACAGCUUUCCACCUGCAGACGCUGUUGUUCUGGUGUUGUGAGAAGUUUCCCUGUGUGCGGGACUGGAGAUCUAUGAAGGAGUGUGUGUUGCGGAUGGCUACAAAGUUGCACAAGUGUGUGAGCCAGCGUUACCUGAGGCACUACUUUGUCCGCUCCUACAACCUUCUCAAGUACAGCAACACCACCGAGCUGGAUAACACCUCACAGAGGAUCAACGCCUUCCUAGUAAACCCCAGUCUGUAUGUCCACUAAACCCUGUGUGUCUCUGUGUGUGUGUGUGUGUGUGUGUGUGUCACUGAGUGUGUGUGUGUGCGCUCAUGCGUGCAUGUAUGUGCAUGGGUGCACAGAUCUUUGUGUAAAGCAGGGAAGUGGCCAACUCUGUCUUGUUACCAUAGUAUUGCCUUUGAAAUCACAAAGAUCACAUUCAACAACUUCAUACACAUAACUGACUUACAUCAGGGUGAACAAAUUAACUGUUUCGUUUUUUUAUUC